AUGAAUACGACUUUCAGCAGGAUCCCGUCGGAACGCGAAGUGUCGCAUUCGGGACCGGUUAAUAAUGGUGGGGAACAGCUGCCAUCGCAGCCACAUAACAUUGCGCAGGUUCCCGUUCCUGCAUCGCCUACCCUAACCACAAUCGCGCUAGAAAAUGGACAUCAACAGGGACAGGGGUGUCAGGAUCAGAACCCAUCUGCACGCCGCUGUUCGGGCUCGAGAUCCUUAAUGCCGAUGAAACUUGUCCCGGUGACAGAUCUCAAUGGAGGUGACUUGACAAGGGAGGAGGACUAUACAGGUAGUUCGGCACAGAACAGCAGCGAUCUUUCACGAAGCGAUAAAGUGUCGGAGGUGCAAUCGUUAUCGCCACCGACAAGGGUGUCUGCCUCUUCGGAGACCGCGUCGACGUCACAGGUACAGGAAAUCUCGCAGGUGUACUGCAAUUCUGGCUCGUUACCGCGCGAGCCACCUCGCUCUACGAGUUCUACGAAAGCGGGCAAUGCCAAUUUAAGUGAUAAUCAACGAAUCGAUCUGGACGUCCAAAAAGAUGGCUCCCUGUCCACACCUCGCCCUUUGAGGCCGCCCCAAUGGAAUCCGGAAGCUUAUACCGGAUUGGUCUCGGGUCAGAAAAGAACUGCUGCUGGCGAUAUAAAAUCCCCUUCAUCCCCUGUUGUAACACCUCACGUCGUUGGGAGGCACCGUUCGCGGACUAUCGACUCGGCAUGUCAGGGAAACAGGAUUGCAGAGCUGUCCGUACAUCUGCGCGCGCGAUUGUCGUAUGCCGCCGCUCAGGUAGAGAAAAGCUGGCAGUCCCGCGGGCUUCAUGGUAAAAACUUGUUGCCGUUAAUGCAAAGUUCUUCUUCCCCGAUAGAAGUUCCGAGGAAGACGUUAAACUCCGGGGCUAUAGAAGGGUCGAGCCCACGACUAAUGAGCCAUAGUAAGGACUCCCUGGGGGAUGUUAGUGUGUCUGCUCCAGGCUCACCUACAUCCCAUCCUCGGCUUCAUAAUGGCUCGGUACGGGUAUCUCCGCGCAUUUCUUCGUCUUAUUCCAACCCGCAAUGGGCACUUCGCCCUUCCCGCAGUUCGCCUACGGGUCUGCUACAGAUGUCUAAAUUAGUACCACCACCGAAUACCACCACAUCCAGUGAGCAGUGUCAUCGGCAUCAGCUUCCUAACCCUAAUGAGCCAUUGCAUAUCUCACGGACGUAUAAUCCGAGUCCCCGCCAUAGACGUUAUUAUUCUCAACAAGAAUUUAGCGUAUCGAACCUAGUGUCUUUAGUGCCCGAGACGCCGCUUCUUGGACCGUCUCCAGAUCCUGUAUUCCAGUCUGAGGCAAAAAACAAUACGGAUUACAAGCGACGUUCCCGUUCUCAAAAUGCUUUGAUGGAGCAAGAUGCAAUUGAGACAUUACUCUUCAUGUCUAGUCCGGGAAAUUCCGGGUGUCAUCCUAGUUCCCAGGAUCGGGACACCAUGCGCAUCAACACCAACGGUUCAACGGAGACCUGGUCGAAUGCGAUGGGUAGUCAGACGCAGCAAGGCUCACAAAGUGAGCAGUCGCAGGGAAACUGGGCAAGGAAGAGCAAUUCCACCAUGUUAUUACCCAAUCUCGAAACCCAGGCUGGCGACGAGAUAGACCGCUUACUGGACCAGAUGGACGACAGUGACAGCGAGGAUGAAAGGGGUUUUUCAUCGUAUACUUCCAGCCGUAUCAGGACGAGUUAA